GGUUUACGGAUGCUGAGAAGGCUCGCUGGUACUCGGGCUACUGUCCACAAACACUCUUGGAUUCGGUCGGUUCGAACGGUUGUUUUUGCGCAGCGAACCGUAAAGAUUUAAAGAGAGAUGGCUCAGUGCUCCGAAGCUGCUAAUUCGGGCUCCUCGAUAAACGGAGAUGGUGUAAAGAAGAGGAACGUGGCUGUUAUCACCGGCAUCACCGGCCAGGAUGGUUCCUACCUGGCUGAGUUCCUGCUUGCUAAAGGCUAUGAGGUUCAUGGUAUUUUGCGGCGUUCCAGCUCCUUCAACACAGGUCGCAUCGAGCAUCUUUACCAAAACCCACAGACUCAUACAGAGGGCAACAUGAGGCUGCAUUAUGGCGACCUGACAGACAGCACCUGUCUGGUGAAGAUCAUCAACGAAGUGAAGCCAACAGAGAUCUACAACCUGGGUGCCCAGAGCCACGUCAAGAUCUCCUUUGACUUGGCUGAGUACACGGCUAACGUGGACGGUGUGGGUACAUUGCGUCUCCUGGAUGCCAUCAAGACAUGUGGUCUGACCAGCAGCGUCAAGUUCUACCAGGCCUCCACCAGUGAGCUGUACGGCAAAGUUCAGGAGAUCCCACAGAAAGAAACAACGCCUUUUUACCCCCGCUCACCUUACGGAGCUGCUAAACUUUAUGCCUACUGGAUUGUGGUAAACUUUCGUGAGGCAUAUAACAUGUUCGCUGUCAACGGGAUACUCUUUAACCACGAGAGUCCGAGGAGAGGUGCAAAUUUUGUGACACGUAAGAUCAGCCGUUCUGUGGCAAAGAUUCACCUGGGCCAACUGGAGAGCUUCAGCCUUGGCAACCUGGACUCCAAGAGGGAUUGGGGCCAUGCCAGAGACUAUGUGGAGGCUAUGUGGCUGAUGCUCCAAACAGAGAAGCCAGAGGAUUUUGUCAUCGCUACGGGGGAGGUGCAUAGCGUGAGGGAGUUUGUGGAGAGGGCCUUCAAACAUGUGGGAAAGACCAUUGUGUGGGAGGGAAAGGAUGAAAAUGAGAUUGGCCGUUGCAAAGAGACCGGGGUGGUUCACGUGAAGGUGGACCCAAAAUUCUUCCGUCCCACUGAAGUGGACUUCCUGCAAGGUGACAGCACCAAGGCGUAUGAGAAGAUGGGCUGGAAACCCAGGGUUACUUUUGAGGAUCUGGUGAAGGAGAUGUUGGACUCUGACAUCGAACUCAUGAGGCAAAAUCCAAAUGCCUGAAACCAGAUCAGCCCCUUCGGAUGUGAUGGAGAUUUUUUGGCACUCCAAGGUUCUGUCACUGGAUCAGACGGCAGCAGAGCUAUUUUUUAAAUUUCUUCUUCUCCAAAUGAAGUUGUUGUUGUUUCCUUGUUUUCUAACCAAGAGCCAGAUGUUGCCUUUCUGUCUUUUUGUUUUUGGUUCUGUGUCGGGUUGAUUUAUUAUUUACACACAGACACUGAUCAUGUUGGGUUUCAUGUUGAAGGCAAGUUUUAAGGGUUUAUUUAUGUGUCAGGUUGCUUUGUGAUUUAAUUAAUUUAAAGGUUAAAUUUGCUCUACUUUCUUAAAAAUGACCAAAGGGUAUAGGAACGAAUCAAGUUGGAGAUGAUGAAGUUAAUAAGGCCAUUGCUUUCAUGGGGUCUGUUGUUUUAACGUGUUUUUUACUUGAUGAUGAUGAUAAAGGACUAUGAGGGGGAUAAUAAAAUAUAUAGGAAU